UACACAAAUGAAGACAAUACGGGUCGACUAGAGAGACGUAGGCUACGUUAGUCAAUGUGUAUUUGUCAACCUUACUUCGCACAGUCCAAACGUCCAGCAAUGUAAUAAUCCAAGUCGUUGUUCAUUAUCCUUUGAAUAUCUCCUAUUUAUGGAUAUGUGAAGCACACAUUUUGGUGGUAAGCCUAUUUUAGGGAAAGCUAAAAAGACUCGAAUGAAACAAAAAUCCAUUUGAGGGCGCAUCACCCCCACGUUUAUAAUUAGUAACACGCAACGAAGCAGCAGGUGCGACGCCCAGGUAUGCCCAGAAUGUUUGACCCUAUCAAUUAACCCGGGCCAAGCAUGCCCUCUGUGUUCAGCCACGCACAAUAAGCCAAACUGUUAUCUUAAUACAAAAGGGGUUAUCUUAAUACAAUUUGCCCUUUUUUGAAAACCUCAUUUUGAUAAAUUAAAAGGUUUUAAAAAGUAUGGUGAUUGAUUACGCAAAGCAGCAGGUGCAACGCCCCGGUAUGCCGAGAAUGUUUGACAAACUAUCAACUGAACCAGGGUCAAGCACGCACACGUGUGUCCCGCAACGCCCAACGAAACCUAAACAGUUGGGGGGGCUACCUAAAGUCAACUUGCCCGGGUUAAUUCAUAAUUUCAAUGAAAUUUAAAGUUUUUUUUAAGUAUAUUUAUUGAUUUAUAAACCCGUGGGUUACAUUGCUUGAUUACAAUUAUGGUUAUUAAGCUUGUUCAUUUCGAAAUUGGCGACGGUGAAUGUGAAUCGCUCAAUAAUCGUUAUCCAUGGACGUUUUGUGAACUACAAAACAUGAUCCCUUUUAUCAAUUCCACAAGAGAAAAAUGACGCUCGUGGACGGAGUGACGUCAGGGAGGUGACGACAGUUGGCUUGUGACUGCGUGCACGAGAAGGCAGCGCGAGCAGACAGGAGUGCGCGUAGCAAGACCUCAGUUCUCUCAGCACGCGGGAGGAGCCGGGAAGGAGUGUCUCCUGGACUGCGGCGGCGACGGCGGCGAUUUCGGCAGCAUGGAUCACGUCCUGGGGAUUAUUAUUUACGGAUACUAACAAAGAACCGCUUUGGAAAAAUGGCCGAGAGGCUGGAGUGGGUGGAGAUCAUUGAGCCGCGCACGCGGGAGCGCAUGUACGCCAACCUGCUGACGGGCGAGUGUGUGUGGGACCCGCCGGCAGGCGUGCGCAUCAAGCGCACGGGUGACAACCAGUGGUGGGAGCUGUACGACCCCAACACCUCGCGCUUCUACUACUACAACGCGGCCACACAGCGCACCGUGUGGCACCGGCCGCACUCCUGCGACAUCAUCCCUCUGGCCAAGCUGCAGACGCUGAAGCAGCACGCCGACGCCGGCGCCGCAUGCGUCUCCCGUCCCACCAGCGGAGGAGGAGGAGGAGGAGGAGGAGGUGGUGGCAGUGGCAGUGGAGGGGGGAGGACAUCCGGAGACAACAGCCCCGGGCGCAACAGCGGGGUGAGCCGCGAAGGCAGCACCUCCUCGUCCCUGGAUCAGGAGGCCGACAAGCAGGGCAGCCGCGGCGAUGAGCCGGAGAAGACGUCUCCCUUCCGAUGGAACACCGGCACCAAGGAGCGCAUGCUGAUCAAGGUGACGGACCGCGAGCCCAGCUUCCUGUCCCACCAGGGCAACGGCUACUCCCCCUGCGACCCCCCGCCUAACCCCAUCGACGCCCCCGCAGGCGGCGGAGGCUGCGGGACGGGCACCCGCACCCGCCGCUCCUCCGGCGGCGGCAACCCCCCGCCCAACCCGCCCCCCUCCUCCGACCCGGACGCCGGCUCGCCCACGCCCUACGGCGAGCGGCGCCAGCAGUCGCCCUUCCUCAAGCGGGCGGAGAUGGGCGGCGGCGGCGGCGGCACCUACCGGCGGCCCUCGGGCUCCGACUCGCAGCCGGCGUCGCCGCGCUACGCCUACGACCCCCCGCUCUACGAGGAGCCCCCCUCCGACUACGGGUCGCCGCCCAUCUACGAGGAGCCGCCCUCCGACAUCAUGCACCUGGCGUCGGACCCCGGCUCGGCCUACUACGGCACGGCCGCGGGCCGCUCGCCCGCCCGCAAGUCGCCGUCCCCGCUGUACCACUCGCCCAAGCAGGGCGCCUCGCCGUACGGCCAGCUGGUGCUGACCCGCCAGAAGUGUCCCGAGAAGAGUCAGAGCCUGGAGUACAGCCCGGCGGGCAAGGAGUACGUCAAGCAGCUGGUGUACGUGGAGCAGUCCUCCUGCAGCCCCCGCUUCCGCACCGCCGACCGCCUGCUGCGCUACGGCACCACCGGGGGCGGCGGCGGCGGCGGCGGCGGCGCGGUCCCCGGGGGCUACAGCAGCUCCUCCUACGGGGGGUCCUACACGCUGCAGCACAGCCAGUCGCUCAUCCGGGACCCCCGGCUGCUGCUGGACUACGGCGGGGAGGGGGACGGCGGCCGGCUGCUCUACGAGGACUCCAUCUCCUGGUCGUCCUCGGCGCACAACCACUCCAUGACCACCUCCUCCUCCUCCUCCACGGGGGCCGGGGGAGGUGGAGGAGGAGGAGGUGGUGGUGGUGGUGGGGGCCCCUUCUCGCCGGGCAGCAACCGCAAGCGCAAGAGCCGCAAGCCGUCGCUGCCCCAGGAGCUGGGGCGCUGCGGCGGGGAGGCGGAGCGCGGCACGGCGGGCACGCUGUCGGAGGCCAUGCUGGCCCAGGCGCGGCUGGCCUGGGAGGCGCAGCAGGUGCUGAAGCAGCGCAGCAGCUGGGACUCGGGCCCCGGGGCGGGGGGCUCGGCCGCCCUGGUGGCGCUGGGCGGCUGCAAGGGCGACGGCUACGAGAGCGACGGCGCGCUGCCGGGCCCGCUGCCCGGGCCGGUGGUGCGGGCGCUGAGCGAGGACGAGGCGCUGGCCCAGAGCGACGGCCACCUGCACCACCACCACCACCACUGGAAGCGCAGCACCUUCGACCGCCUCGGCUUCCCCCAGGCGCUGCUGGAGAAGAGCCUGUCGGUGCAGACCAGCCUGGCCUCCCCGGAGCCCUUCCUCCACCCCUCACAGUCUGAGGACCUGGGGGCGUGUGCCCAAUUUGAGGCCAGCAGAAACGCCCGCAACAUGAUGCCCAGUGCCAGCUGUGGCGUCUUCCCAGAGUUCACCCUGAGGAAGCCGUCCUCCGAGACGGACAUCGAGAACUGGGCCUCCAAGCACUUUAACAAACACACACAGGGUCUGUUCCGGAGGAAGGUGUCCAUCGCCAACAUGCUGGCGUGGAGCAGCGAGCCCAUCAAGAAGCCCAUGAUCGUCACGUCGGACCGCAACGUGAAGCGGGAGGCGGUGGACAUCUUCAAGCUCAUCCAGACCUUCAUGGGGGACCGGCGCUCCAAGACCGAGCCCCUCGUCGUGGCACUGGAGGUGGUGGUGCGCGGCUGGAGCAGCCAGGGCCUGCGCGACGAGCUCUACAUCCAGCUGUGUCGCCAGACCACGGAGAACUUCCGCUACGACAGCCUGGAGCGGGGCUGGGAGCUCAUGGCCAUCUGCCUGGCCUUCUUCCCCCCCACGCCCCGCUUCCACGCCUACCUGGAGGGCUACAUCGCCCGCCACACGGACCCCCUUAACGACACCAAGGGAGUGGCCAUCAGCAGUUACGCCAAAUACUGCUACCGUAAACUCACCAAGGCUGCUCUAACCGGGGCCAAGAAGGGCGUGCAGAAGCCGUGCCUGGAGGAGAUCAAGCACGCGCAGAACGCCAUCUUCAGCCCCUCCAUGUUCGGCUCGUCGCUGGAGGAGGUGAUGGUGCUGCAGACGGAGCGCUACCCCGAGCGCCAGCUGCCCUGGGUGCAGACGCGGCUCUCCGAGGAGGUGCUGGGGCUCAACGGGGACCAGACGGAGGGCAUCUUCAGGGUGCCAGGGGACAUCGACGAGGUGAACGCCCUGAAGCUGCAGGUGGACCAGUGGAAGAUCCCCACGGGCUUGGAGGACCCCCACAUCCCCGCGUCUCUGCUGAAGCUGUGGUACCGGGAGCUGGAGGAGCCUCUGAUCCCUCAUGAGUUCUACGAGGACUGCAUUACGCACUACGACAACCCCGAGGCGGCGGUGAACGUGGUGCUGGGCCUGCCGCACAUCAACAAGCUGGUGCUCUGCUACCUCAUCCGCUUCCUACAGGUGUUCGCCCAGGCGGCCAACGUGUCCUACACCAAGAUGGACGUCAACAACCUGGCCAUGGUGAUGGCGCCCAACUGCCUGCGGUGCCAGUCAGACGACCCGCGCAUCAUCUUCGAGAACACGCGCAAGGAGAUGUCCUUCCUGCGCGUGCUCAUCCAGCGGCUGGACACCAGCUUCAUGGACGGGAUCCUAUAGCCCCCCCACCCCUCCU